CCAGACGUCUCCUCUUCCCGGCGCAAGUCGCACAAGGCGCACUUCUCCGCGCCUUCCUCUGUCCGCCGCAAAAUUCUGUCCUCCUCUCUUGCGAAGGAGCUCCGCAGCAAAUACAACACCCGCUCACUACCCAUCCGCAAGGACGACGAGGUCCGGAUCGUCCGGGGCAAGUACAAGGGUCGGGAGGGCAAGGUCACCCAGGUCUACCGCAAGAAGUGGGUGAUCCACGUCGACCGUGUCCAGCGCGACAAGUCGAACGGUGCCACUGUUCCUAUUGGCAUCCACCCCAGCAACGUCGUCAUCACCAGCAUCAAGCUGGACAAGGACAGGCGGGCAAUCCUUGAGCGCAAGGACAGGAAGAAGAGUGCAACGAAGACGGCGGGUGAGGACGUCGAGAUGGUUGAC